GGGACACAAUCAAACAAACGAAGCUUCUACAGUGUAUCUUGUUCUUUGUGGUUAAGAUCUUCGGAAGUCGCACCAGUUUUUUGUUCAUAAUAGCUGUGUUUUUCUUUCGUUUUUUUUACACACACGGAUUCUUUUUCACAAUCCAGUUCUACCAAGAUAACAUGGAGGUGCAGUGUGCAAUAAAAAAUGAUGUCACUGAACUAAUUGGAAACACUCCAAUGGUUUAUCUAAAUAAAGUUGUGGAAGGUUGUGUAGCCCGUAUUGCUGCCAAGUUGGAGUCAAUGGAACCCUGCUCAAGCGUCAAAGACAGGAUAGCAUUAAGUAUGCUCAAGGAUGCUGAGGACAAGGGUCUGAUUACACCAGGGAAGACUGUCCUCGUUGAGACUACUAGCGGAAACACUGGAAUUGGGUUGGCAUUCAUUGCAGCACUUAAAGGUUAUAGGCUAAUCCUAGCAAUGCCAGCUUCAAUGAGUCUUGAGAGAAGAAUUGUACUUCGUGCUUUGGGAGCUGAGCUACAUCUCACGGAUCCUGAUAAGGGCUUUAAAGGUAGUCUUCAAAAGGCUGAGGAACUAUUGAGGGAGACACCUGAUGCUUUUAUGCCUCAUCAAUUUGAAAAUCCUGCAAAUCCAAAGAUUCACUAUGAAACCACUGGCCCUGAGAUAUGGAGAGAUUCUGGAGGGAAAGUUGAUGCCCUUGUAGCAGGUAUAGGAACUGGGGGAACAAUAACAGGUGCAGGGAAAUUCCUCAAGGAGAGAAACCCUGAAAUCAAGGUCUAUGGAGUGGAACCGGUUGAAAGUGCUGUCUUGAGUGGAGGACAGCCAGGCAAGCAUCUGAUUCAGGGAAUUGGUGCUGGCAUUGUUCCUUCUGUGCUGGAUGUUAAUGUGCUUGAUGAAAUUAUUCAGGUAUCAAGUGAGGAAGCUAUAGAAACUGCUAAGCUGUUAGCCCUGAAAGAAGGUUUGCUGGUAGGGAUUUCGUCUGGAGCUGCAGCAGCAGCAGCAAUAAAAUUGGGAAAGAGGCCAGAAAAUGCUGGGAAACUCAUCGUUGUGGUGUUCCCUAGUUCUGGAGAGCGUUAUCUCUCUUCUCCAUUGUUUGAAUCCAUUAGACAUGAGGCAGAACAGAUGACGUUUGAUUAGGGAACUGUCAUUAGUCCUGUUGCUGGUUAAGAGACUUUGGAUUCACUUAUAAAUCUCCUUUACAGAACUCUGAGAAGUUAUGAGUUAUUUUUAUAGCUCAAGUUUGAUUGAAAUACAAUAUUGCCGCUGGUAUGAGGAUAAAUUCUUGCAUAAGAAAACAUAAUAACAUAUCUAGUAAAGUAGGAACUACCUCAACUCAUAUAUUGACAUAUAGGCCAUUUUAUCAGUGCUGCAGUAGUACUAAUAAUGUUUCACCCAAGACAUAUAAACCACUACUCACCCCCACCACAAAGAGUUUGUAGGGCAUUUAAUUGAGUCCUCACCCUGAGGCCUGGAUUUCAAGUUGCUUACCUCCAUGCAUGUUAAUGGUCUUGGUUAAACCCCUAUUGCAUAUACAAAUUAUGUUGUACAUUAUGAGUGCUGGAGGCCUAUUUCAUUAUUGAAAGUUAUGAAACUUGAUACCUGAACUAAAACUACAAUUUGGAAACACAUUUUUUACUUGGCCUUAGAGAUAAGGUGCCCCCUAGUUACAUUCAAUUGAAGUAUAUAUGCAGUUUUGACAUAGAUAUGC